AUGGGCCUACUUGAGGAACAAACAUGGUUGGCUGUGAGUAAACCUUGGAUGGAAGAACCGAAGAAGCAUGCUUCAGGUCUCUGUUUGGAGCUACAGCUCAGAAGGUACCACCAGCUUGGAAAUCAGACAGACAUGUUCGAUAGUCAAAAUGACUGA